UCCUUCUGCUCCCCUUUCCCUCUCGGUAUCACAUCCUUUGGGUGGAAAAAGGGUUUUUUUUCCCCCCUUCUUGCUAAGUCUCCUCCAGCAGCAGGAGGUGCCGGUGCUUAAAUGCAUCCGAAAGAGCUGGGCAAGUGGUGGGCAGGAGGGUGGCUGUGCUGGCAGCAUGGCUCCUGCCUGCGGGAGGUGUCAUGAGUGCACCGGCCUCAGCCAAGGGAGCGGGACUGGGCUUUUCCUUGCUGGGGAUGUGGUGAAGCGCUGGGGACGUGGUGAGGUGCCAGGACACAGAGAGGUGCCGGGACACAACGAGGCGCUGGGUGUGCGGUGAGGUGGAUGCUGAGUAUAGACACAACGGGUUUCAGGGCGAGACGUCCCUGCCCAAAGCUUGGGGAGCUUCAGGGGCUGGUGCGUGCUCCGUUGAAGGGACUGUCUUCGGGAUGGCCAGGACAGCGUGUCCAGCCCGGCGUCGGUGCAGCAGCUUUCCUUACAAGGAGUUUGGCUGGGGCCCGAGCGGCGGGAGCCGCGUUCGCCUCCGCCUGUCUCAUUCAUCAGCAGCCGCAGCAGCUCAGGGGUUGCUGCUUCCCCAGCCCUGGCCUCAGCCUUCACGCACCCUGGACGGAGGAUGUCCUCGAUGUUCGGCAAGCCCCGAGCCGGUGGCGAGCGGCAGCUCCAAAGCCCCCUUGCCGAAUGCAAUGUGGCCAUUCUGGGGUGCCGAGGGGCUGGCAAGUCAGCCCUGACUGUGAAGUUUCUAACCAAGAGGUUCAUAAGUGAAUAUGAUCCGAACUUGGAGGACACCUACACCUCAGAGGAGUUGGUGGACCAGCAGCCUGUGGUGCUGAAGGUGAUGGACACCGCUGACCAGGAUGGCCCUGGGAACUGCGAACGCUACCUGCGCUGGGCCAACGCCUUCCUCGUCGUCUACAGCAUUGAUGAUAGGAAGAGCUUCGAGGGCUGCCAGCGCUACCUGGAGGUCCUCGCCCUGCAUGUGAGGGGCUGCCAGCACCGCUGCCCCAUGCUCCUGCUGGGCAACAAGCUGGACAUGGAGCAGUACAGGCAGGUGUCCACAGCCGAAGGGAUGUCCCUGGCAAACAGGUUUGGGUGCCUCUUCUAUGAGGUGUCGGCGUGCCAGGACUUCACGGGGGUGCAGCAUGUUUUCCAUGAAGCGGUGCGGGAGGUGCGGCACCAGGUAGAACAGAGUCUGCCCGUCCGGCCACUCUUCAUCACCGAGGAGCGUUCCUGUCCGCCGGUGGCCAUGCCGGUCACCCUGCCCACUCGCCAGGGCUUGGCCAGCUGCACCUUCAACACCCUCUCCACUGUCAACUACAAGGAGAUCCCCUCAGUGGCCCAGGCCAAGCUGGUCACCGUCAAGUCCUCACGGGCUCAGAGCAAGAAGAAAGCUCCCACGCUCACCUUGCUGAAAGGUUUCAAGAUAUUUUAGGAUGCAGCCUGCAGGGAUGUAGAGGGGGUGGUGAGAAGAUCCCUUCCCCCCGGCUUCACAAGGGCUGAGACCAUCCAGGAUGGACUCACGGGCACUGCAGCAGCCACUGGCAGACAGUGGCCCCAGUCUCUGCACUGGGACAAAGCCUGUGGUGGUGAUUUGGGGUGCCGAGAGGCCAGAAUCAGCUGUGGCAUCACUCUGCCUGCCCCUAGCCCGGCUCUCAUCACCCCUAGCCAAACGCUGCUGUGAUGUUCCCUCCCUGUCCUGCUACCAGCAUCAGGGGCCACUCCAGCUUUCCAUGCAGAUCCAAGCAGCUCCUGGAGAAGCAGGAGCUGAGGGAGGGUGAGGGCCAUCCCCAGGGCUCCCCGGCUGGCUUGGGCACCUGGCACACAGCAAUGGGAGACCAGAGGGGGAAUUUAUCAUUAAUCAUACAGGGAGGCACCCGUCUCAUUCGUCUCAUGGGUCCCCUGGCUCAGCAAUAAGUAGGAGGAAUUUCUGGUUUUUAAUCCGAACAAGAAAGGUGCAGAUAUUGUUCCUGCCAACUAAAGGCCUCAGGUGCCCUGAAACCAAUUGCCACGCAUCAAAAUAAGUCAUACCAAAAUAGCUGAGUUUUCAUCAUCUUUUUAUACAACAGUUUUCCUUUUCAAAGGCUUUGCAAGGAGAGCUGUGUCACUGGACAUGCUCUGAAAAGCCUUUGUUUAAAAGACUGAUGCAUUUCCAAAAAUGUCUUUAAUUAUUUCCUGGCUUCCACACGUGCCCAAGGAAGGGCGUGAAGGGAAUCCUGAAGCAGAGAAGGCUCGACAUGUGCCCAAGCCAGCACCAAGAGCUGUGUGUUUAGUUUUAUUUGCUUCGGGUUAAGUAUUCUGCUUCUCCCUGGAGUUGCAGUUACUCUGCAGAGUAAAAUAUCCAUGUGUAUAUUUGUACAUAUAUUACACACACAUAUAUAUAUAUGACCUUACUGACAGGGAAAGAGAGAUAUUCAAUAUGGGAUUUUGAUCAACCACUUUGGAAAGUAUUUU